AUGGCUCCCUUUCCACCCCCACCAGUCAGUUCAAUUGACUGGUCCAACGUGGGCUUCAAGGUCCGCGAAGUCAACGGCCACAUCGAGUCGACAUUCCGAUACUCGUCCGCGGAGCCAGCAUGGUCGAAACCACGCUUCGUCGAGUCCCCGCACCUGUCCAUCCACGGUAUGGCACCGGGGCUCAAUUACGGCGUGCAAUGCUACGAAGGCAUGAAAGCCUUUCGGCAACCCGACGGUAAGAUCACCAUCUUCCGCCCCAAGGAGAACGCCCUCCGCAUGCAACACUCCGCCAGCUACAUCUCGGUCCCACCGGUUCCUGAAGAGCACUUCGUCGAAUGCGUCAACCUGGCCGUGUCGGCCAACGCCGAAUUCGUCCCGCCUCACGAGACCGGUGCGGCGAUGUACAUCCGGCCAUUGUUGUUCGGAUCCUCCGCGCAGCUGGGCCUGAACCCACCGGACGAGUACACGUUCGUAGUGUUCGUGAUGCCGACGGGUGUGUACCACGGUGUGCACGCCGUCGACGCUCUAAUCCUCGAGGACUUUGACCGCGCCGCACCGGAAGGCACAGGUAGCGCCAAGGUCGGUGGGAACUACGCCCCCGUGCUGCGCCAUUCCGACAAGGCGCGCAAUGCCGGCUACGGCAUCACUUUGCACCUCGACAGCAAGACGCGCAGCGAGAUCGACGAGUUCUCGACGUCAGGAUUCCUGGGCGUGCGGAAGAACAACGAAACGGGCAAGACGACCGUCGUGGUUCCGGACUCGAAGAACGUCAUCAAGUCCGUCACGUCCGAGUCGGCGUGCGAGAUUGCGAAGAAGGUCUAUGGAUAUGAUGUCGAGCGCCGCCGGAUCGAAUACAAGGAGCUGGCCGAGUUCAGCGAGGUCAUGGCUGCGGGCACGGCGGCCAGUCUGGUGCCCAUCAAGAGUAUCACGCUCAAAUCCAAGAACGAGGUCUUUGAGUACCCAGUGAACGAGAAGUUGGAUCCCGGCCCAGUGUGCGCCCAGUUGUUGAGCACGUUGAAGGGCAUUCAGCAGGGCAAGGUUGAAGACCAAUUUGGCUGGAACUUUACCGUCACCGAGGUGCCCCAGGGCUUCACGAGCCAGCAGGUGAAUGGUGGAGUCAAUGGUGCAGUGGACUCCUUGCCAUGA